GAUGCCGGUCUUAUGGGACAGCUUCUCGGCUUCGCUGCCUCCCAUCCCGGAGCAAAGAGAGCAGCAGCCCUCCUUCGCUUGGGGGAAGAGCGCUUACCAAGGAGCAGCCGCCAGUCGCGCCGCCGCUGGGCUGGAGAGCUCGGAUUGCGAAUCUCUGGACAGCAGUUUGAGCUCCGAAGGGGAUGCCCAGGAGUACCUGGACGAAGUAUCCUUGCCAGACUUUGACUUGCUGAACGACCCCGGGGACGAGCUGCUGUGUGCCAACCUGAUGAAGCUGAUCCAGCUGAGCCUGAACAAAGCCAAGAUCCACUCCAGCCGCCCCUGCAAGCUCCUCAUGCCGAACCAGCUGGUCGCUCAAGUGGGCAAGGAGCUGCUCCACCUGGCUUAUAAGGAGCCCUGUGGCUUGAGGGGGGCUCUCAUUGACCUGUGUGUGGAGCAAGGGAAGGGGUGCCAUAGUGUGGGGCAGAUUGCCGUCGACCCCAGCCUAGUGCCUACCUUCCAGCUGACCCUGAUUCUGAGACUGGAUUCCCGCCUGUGGCCGAAGAUCCAGGGACUCUUUAGCUCUGGCUCGGCUUUCUCUCCCGGCUUCAGUCAGUCCCUGAAGCUCAGCACGGGCUUCAGGGUCAUUAAAAAGAAGCUCUAUAGCUCCGAACAGUUGCUUAUAGAGGAGUGUUGAAGUUGU